GGGUCCUAGAGCAGCUUCAGAGUGUGUGGUGGUAGAACAGCUCCAGCUUCGGAUUGUGUAAUAUAACAUUCAUUCAGGAAAGGAAGGGGAAAGAAACAAGCCGCCACCAUGAGUACAGACGCAGAGAUGGCCGUUUACGGCAAGGCUGCCAUUUACCUUCGUAAGCCAGAGAAGGAGAGAAUUGAGGCUCAAAGCAAACCUUUUGAUGCCAAGAGCGCUUGCUACGUGCCAGAUGCCAAGGAGCUGUACCUGAAGGCAACAGUCAUCAAGAAGGAGGGUGGCAAAGCCACUGUCAAACUCCUUGAAAGUAAUGAGGAGAGAGUAGUCAAGGAAGACGACGUCUCUCCCAUGAACCCUCCCAAGUUCGACAAAAUUGAGGACAUGGCCAUGAUGACCCAUCUCAAUGAAGCCUCUGUGUUGUAUAAUCUCAAAGAGCGUUAUGCCGCAUGGAUGAUCUACACCUACUCUGGGCUGUUCUGUGCCACUGUGAACCCCUACAAGUGGCUCCCAGUGUACGAUGCUGAAGUUGUGAGUGCCUACAGAGGCAAGAAGCGUAUGGAGGCUCCACCCCAUAUCUUCUCCGUCUCUGACAACGCUUAUCAGAACAUGCUUACUGAUAGGGAGAACCAGUCUGUCUUGAUCACUGGAGAAUCUGGUGCUGGAAAGACUGUGAACACCAAGCGUGUCAUCCAGUACUUUGCAACAAUUGCAGUUGGUGGUGGUGAAAAGAAGAAGACAGAGUCAACCAGCAAAAUUGGAGGCUCACUUGAGGACCAGAUUAUUGCAGCCAAUCCCUUGCUGGAGGCUUAUGGUAAUGCCAAAACUGUGAGGAAUGACAACUCUUCCCGUUUCGGUAAAUUCAUCAGAAUUCAUUUCGGCACAACUGGCAAACUGGCUAGUGCUGAUAUUGAGACAUAUCUGCUGGAGAAGUCUAGAGUGACAUUCCAGCUUCCUGAUGAGAGAGGCUAUCACAUCUUUUACCAAAUGAUGACCAACCACAAACCCGAGCUGAUUGAAUUGGCUCUCAUCACAACCAACCCCUACGACUUCCCCAUGUGCAGUCAGGGUCAGAUCACUGUGGCCAGCAUUGAUGACAAAGUUGAGCUGGAAGCCACUGAUGUGAGUAGUCCUCAUGAUUUUGACAUUAAUGAAACUGCAUAUGUUAUUAUGAUAAUUGCAUAUUUGACAGUGUUUUCUGACAGGAUUAUAUUCCAUUUUUAACAGAACGCUAUCGAUAUCCUGGGCUUCAGUAAAGAGGACAAGAUGAACAUCUACAAGAUGACUGGUGCUGUGCUUCACCAUGGUAACAUGAAGUUCAAGCAGAAGCAGCGUGAGGAGCAGGCUGAGCCUGAUGGCACAGAGGAUGCUGACAAGGUUGCUUACCUGUUGGGUCUGAACUCUGCUGACAUGCUGAAGGCUUUGUGCUACCCCAGAGUGAAGGUCGGAAAUGAGUAUGUCACCAAGGGACAGACCGUGCCUCAGGUGCUGAACUCUGUACCUGCCCUGGCCAAGUCCAUCUAUGAGAGGAUGUUCUUGUGGAUGGUCAUCCAUAUCAACCAAAUGUUGGACACUAAGCAGCAAAGGAACUUCUUCAUUGGUGUCCUGGAUAUUGCUGGUUUUGAAAUCUUUGAUUACAACAGCAUGGAGCAGCUGUGCAUCAACUUCACCAAUGAGAAACUGCAACAGUUCUUCAACCACCACAUGUUCGUCCUGGAGCAAGAGGAGUACAAGAAGGAGGGUAUUAUCUGGGAGUUCAUUGACUUCGGUAUGGACUUGGCUGCCUGCAUUGAGCUGAUUGAAAAGCCCAUGGGUAUCUUCUCCAUCCUUGAAGAGGAGUGCAUGUUCCCCAAGGCUACUGACUCAUCCUUCAAGAACAAGCUGUAUGACCAGCAUCUUGGCAAAAACAGAGCAUUUGAGAAGCCAAAGCCCGCCAAGGGCAAAGCUGAGGCCCACUUCUCACUGGUGCACUAUGCUGGCACUGUGGAUUACAACAUCAGUGGCUGGCUGGACAAGAACAAGGACCCGCUGAACGAGUCUGUCUUGCAGCUGUACCAGAAGUCCUCAGUUAAACUGCUGAGCAUUCUCUAUCCUCCUGCAGUCGCUGAGGAUACAACCAAGAAGGGAGGCAAGAAGAAGGGUGGCUCUAUGCAGACUGUGUCUUCACAGUUCAGGGAGAACUUGGGCAAGCUGAUGACUAACUUGAGGAGCACCCAUCCUCACUUUGUGCGUUGUCUGAUUCCCAAUGAGUCCAAGACUCCAGGUCUUAUGGAGAACUUCCUGGUUAUCCACCAGCUCAGGUGUAAUGGUGUGCUGGAGGGUAUCAGAAUCUGCAGGAAAGGUUUCCCCAGCAGAAUUGUCUAUGCUGACUUCAAGCAGAGAUACAAGGUACUGAAUGCCAGCGUCAUCCCUGAGGGCCAGUUCAUUGACAACAAGAAGGCAUCUGAGAAGCUGCUUGGGUCUAUUGAUGUUGAUCACGACCAGUACAGAUUCGGACACACCAAGGUAUUCUUCAAGGCUGGUCUGCUGGGUACCCUUGAGGAGAUGAGAGAUGAAAAGUUGGCAUCUCUGGUCACCAUGACUCAGGCUCUUUGCCGUGCUUACCUCAUGAGAAGCGAAUUUGUCAAGAUGACAGCCAGGAGGGAUGCCAUCUAUACCAUUCAGUACAAUGUCCGCUCAUUCAUGAAUGUCAAACACUGGCCGUGGAUGAAGGUGUACUACAAGAUCAAGCCUCUGCUGAAGAGUGCUGAGACAGAGAAGGAGCUGGCUCAGAUGAAGGAGAACUAUGGAAAGAUGCAAACAGACCUGGCUGCUGCUCUUGCCAAGAAGAAGGAACUGGAAGAGAAGAUGGUGUCUCUUCUGCAGGAGAAGAAUGACUUGCAGCUGCAAGUGGCAUCUGAAUCAGAGAAUCUGUCAGACGCUGAGGAGAGAUGUGAGGGACUUAUCAAGAGCAAGAUUCAGCUGGAGGCCAAACUCAAGGAGACAACUGAGAGGCUGGAGGAUGAAGAGGAAAUCAAUGCUGAGCUUACUGCCAAGAAGAGGAAGCUGGAGGAUGAAUGCUCUGAGCUCAAGAAGGAUAUUGAUGACCUGGAGCUUACCUUGGCCAAAGUGGAAAAGGAGAAACAUGCCACUGAGAACAAGGUGAAGAACCUGACUGAAGAGAUGGCCUCUCAGGAUGAGAGCAUUGCUAAGCUGACCAAGGAGAAGAAAGCCCUUCAGGAGGCUCAUCAGCAGACCCUUGAUGACCUGCAGGCUGAGGAAGACAAAGUCAACACUCUGACCAAGGCCAAGACCAAGCUUGAGCAGCAAGUUGAUGACCUUGAGGGUUCCCUGGAGCAAGAAAAGAAGCUUCGUAUGGACCUGGAGAGAGCCAAGAGAAAGCUGGAGGGUGAUCUGAAACUUGCCCAGGAGUCCAUCAUGGAUCUUGAGAAUGACAAGCAGCAGUCUGAGGAGAAACUUAAGAAGAAAGACUUUGAAAUUAGCCAACUUCUUAGCAAGAUUGAGGAUGAGCAGUCAAUGGGUGCCCAGCUUCAGAAGAAGAUCAAGGAGCUUCAGGCUCGUAUUGAGGAACUGGAAGAGGAGAUUGAGGCUGAGCGUGCUGCCCGUGCCAAGGUUGAGAAGCAAAGAGCUGACCUGUCCAGGGAGCUUGAGGAGAUCAGCGAGAGGCUGGAGGAGGCCGGUGGUGCAACUGCUGCUCAGAUUGAGAUGAACAAGAAGCGCGAAGCUGAGUUCCAGAAGCUCCGUCGUGAUCUUGAGGAGUCUACUCUGCAGCAUGAAGCCACUGCCGCUGCUCUUCGCAAGAAGCAGGCUGAUAGUGUCGCUGAGCUGGGAGAGCAGAUCGACAACCUGCAGCGCGUCAAGCAGAAGCUUGAGAAGGAAAAGAGUGAAUACAAGAUGGAGAUUGAUGACCUCUCCAGCAACAUGGAGGCUGUUGCUAAAGCAAAGGGAAAUCUGGAAAAGAUGUGCCGUACUCUUGAGGACCAACUUAGUGAACUGAAGACCAAGAGCGAUGAAAAUAUCCGUCAGCUCAAUGACACUGGAGCACAGAAAGCACGUCUCCUCACAGAAAAUGGUGAGCUUGGCCGUCAAAUGGAGGAGAAAGAAGCACUUGUCUCCCAGCUGACCAGAGGCAAACAGGCCUUCACACAGCAGAUUGAAGAGCUGAAGAGACAGAUGGAAGAGGAGGUUAAGGCCAAGAAUGCCCUUGCCCAUGGACUGCAAUCAGCCCGUCAUGACUGUGACCUGCUGAGGGAGCAGUUUGAGGAGGAGCAGGAGGCCAAGGCCGAGCUGCAGCGUGGAAUGUCCAAGGCCAACAGCGAGGUGGCUCAGUGGAGAACUAAAUAUGAAACUGAUGCUAUCCAGCGCACUGAGGAGCUUGAGGAAUCCAAGAAAAAGCUGGCUCAGCGCCUUCAGGAGGCUGAGGAACAGAUUGAGGCUGUGAAUUCCAAGUGUGCUUCUCUGGAAAAGACCAAGCAGAGGCUCCAGAGUGAAGUGGAGGAUCUCAUGAUUGAUGUGGAGAGAGCUAAUGGGCUGGCUGCCAACCUGGACAAGAAGCAGAGGAACUUUGACAAGGUGCUGGCUGAGUGGAAGCAGAAGUACGAGGAGGGCCAGGCAGAGCUUGAGGGAGCUCAGAAGGAGGCUCGCUCUCUGGGCACUGAACUGUUCAAGAUGAAGAACUCUUAUGAGGAAGCUCUGGAUCAGCUGGAGACCAUGAAGCGUGAAAACAAGAACCUGCAGCAGGAGAUCUCAGAUCUGACUGAACAGAUUGGUGAGACUGGCAAGAGCAUCCAUGAGCUGGAGAAGUCCAAGAAGCAGGUGGAGACAGAGAAGUCUGAGAUCCAGACAGCUCUUGAAGAGGCUGAGGGCACUCUGGAACAUGAGGAGUCUAAGAUCCUGCGUGUUCAGCUGGAGCUCAACCAGAUUAAGGGUGAGGUGGACAGGAAGUUGGCAGAAAAAGAUGAAGAGAUGGAGCAGAUCAAGAGGAACAGCCAGAGAGUGAUUGAUUCCAUGCAGAGCACUCUGGAUUCUGAGGUCAGGAGCAGGAAUGAUGCCCUGAGAAUUAAGAAGAAGAUGGAGGGAGACCUGAAUGAGAUGGAGAUUCAGCUGAGCCAUGCUAAUCGCCAGGCUUCUGAGUCCCAGAAACAGCUGAGGAAUGUGCAGGCACAACUGAAGGAUGCUCAACUGCACCUUGAUGAUGCUGUCAGAGCUCAGGAUGACCUCAAGGAACAAGCUGCCAUGGUGGAGCGCAGGAACGGUCUCAUGGUGGCUGAAAUUGAGGAACUUAGGGCUGCUCUGGAACAGACAGAGAGAAGCCGCAAAAUCGCUGAGCAGGAACUGGUUGAUGCCAGUGAGCGUGUUGGACUUCUGCACGCUCAGAACACAAGCCUUCUGAACACCAAGAAGAAGCUUGAGUCUGACCUGGUCCAGAUCCAGAGUGAAGUUGAUGACACCGUUCAGGAAGCAAGGAAUGCAGAGGAGAAGGCCAAGAAGGCUAUCACUGAUGCUGCUAUGAUGGCUGAGGAGCUGAAGAAGGAGCAGGAUACCAGCUCUCACCUGGAGAGGAUGAAGAAGAACCUGGAGGUCGCAGUUAAGGACCUGCAGCACCGUCUGGAUGAGGCUGAGAACCUGGCCAUGAAGGGUGGCAAGAAGCAGCUCCAGAAACUCGAGUCCAGGGUGCGUGAGCUGGAAGCAGAGGUUGAGGCUGAGCAGAGACGUGGUUCUGAUGCUGUCAAGGGUGUCCGCAAAUAUGAGAGGAGAGUGAAGGAGCUCACCUAUCAGGUAGUCAUAUUAGCACUUGGCAUAUAUGGUAAAAAUGAAUGUAACAUAUAUAAGUAACAUCAAUUGCACAAUUAAAAUUGAAUCAUGCAAUUAUGUAUUCAAUUACAGACUGAGGAGGACAAGAAAAAUGUUACCAGACUGCAGGAUCUGGUUGACAAACUGCAGCUCAAGGUGAAGGCCUACAAGAGGCAGGCUGAGGAAGCGGAGGAGCAGGCCAAUGUUCAUCUGUCCAAGUGCAGGAAGGUUCAGCAUGAGCUGGAGGAGGCUGAGGAGCGUGCUGAUAUUGCAGAGUCCCAGGUCAACAAGCUCAGAGCUAAGAGCCGUGACUCUGGCAAGGGAAAGGAUUCAGCUGAGAUUAAGAACGCUGCCACCAUGAGUACAGACGCAGAGAUGGCCGUUUACGGCAAGGCUGCCAUUUACCUUCGUAAGCCAGAGAAGGAGAGAAUUGAGGCUCAAAGCAAACCUUUUGAUGCCAAGAGCGCUUGCUACGUGCCAGAUGUCAAGGAGCUGUACCUGAAGGCAACAGUCAUCAAGAAGGAUGGGGCUAAAGUCACUGUGAAACUCCUUGAAAGUAAUGAGGAGAGAGAAGUCAAAGAAGACGACGUCUCUCCCAUGAACCCUCCCAAGUUCGACAAAAUUGAGGACAUGGCCAUGAUGACCCAUCUCAAUGAAGCCUCUGUGUUGUAUAAUCUCAAAGAGCGUUAUGCCGCAUGGAUGAUCUACACCUACUCUGGGCUGUUCUGUGCCACUGUGAACCCCUACAAGUGGCUCCCAGUGUACGAUGCUGAAGUUGUGAGUGCCUACAGAGGCAAGAAGCGUAUGGAGGCUCCACCCCAUAUCUUCUCCGUCUCUGACAACGCUUAUCAGAACAUGCUUACUGAUAGGGAGAACCAGUCUGUCUUGAUCACUGGAGAAUCUGGUGCUGGAAAGACUGUGAACACCAAGCGUGUCAUCCAGUACUUUGCAACAAUUGCAGUUGGUGGUGGUGACAAGAAGAAGACAGAGUCAACCAGCAAAAUUGGUGGCUCACUUGAGGACCAGAUUAUUGCAGCCAAUCCCUUGCUGGAGGCUUAUGGUAAUGCCAAAACUGUGAGGAAUGACAACUCUUCCCGUUUCGGUAAAUUCAUCAGAAUUCAUUUCGGCACAACUGGCAAACUGGCUAGUGCUGAUAUUGAGACAUAUCUGCUGGAGAAGUCUAGAGUGACAUUCCAGCUUCCUGAUGAGAGAGGCUACCACAUCUUCUACCAAAUGAUGACCAACCACAAACCCGAGCUGAUUGAAUUGGCUCUCAUCACAACCAACCCCUACGACUUCCCCAUGUGCAGUCAGGGUCAGAUCACUGUGGCCAGCAUUGAUGACAAAGUUGAGCUGGAAGCCACUGAUGUGAGUAGUCCUCAUGAUUUUGACAUCAAUGAAACUGCAUAUGUUAUUAUGAUAAUUGCAUAUUUGACAGUGUUUUCUGACAGGAUUAUAUUCCAUUUUGAACAGAAUGCUAUCGAUAUCCUGGGCUUCAGUAAAGAGGACAAGAUGAACAUCUACAAGAUGACUGGUGCUGUGCUUCACCAUGGUAACAUGAAGUUCAAGCAGAAGCAGCGUGAGGAGCAGGCUGAGCCUGAUGGCACAGAGGAUGCUGACAAGGUUGCUUACCUGUUGGGUCUGAACUCUGCUGACAUGCUGAAGGCUUUGUGCUACCCCAGAGUGAAGGUCGGAAAUGAGUAUGUCACCAAGGGACAGACCGUGCCUCAGGUGCUGAACUCUGUACCUGCCCUGGCCAAGUCCAUCUAUGAGAGGAUGUUCUUGUGGAUGGUCAUCCAUAUCAACCAAAUGUUGGACACUAAGCAGCAAAGGAACUUCUUCAUUGGUGUCCUGGAUAUUGCUGGUUUUGAAAUCUUUGAUUACAACAGCAUGGAGCAGCUGUGCAUCAACUUCACCAAUGAGAAACUGCAACAGUUCUUCAACCACCACAUGUUCGUCCUGGAGCAAGAGGAGUACAAGAAGGAGGGUAUUAUCUGGGAGUUCAUUGACUUCGGUAUGGACUUGGCUGCCUGCAUUGAGCUGAUUGAAAAGCCCAUGGGUAUCUUCUCCAUCCUUGAAGAGGAGUGCAUGUUCCCCAAGGCUACUGACACAUCCUUCAAGAACAAGCUGUAUGACCAGCAUCUUGGCAAAAACAAAGCAUUUGAGAAGCCAAAGCCCGCCAAGGGCAAAGCUGAGGCCCACUUCUCACUGGUGCACUAUGCUGGCACUGUGGAUUACAACAUCACUGGCUGGCUGGACAAGAACAAGGACCCACUGAACGAGUCUGUCGUGCAGCUGUACCAGAAGUCCUCAGUUAAACUGCUGAACAUUCUGUAUCCCCCUGCUCCUGCUGAGGAUACAACCAAGAAGGGAGGCAAGAAGAAGGGUGGUUCUAUGCAGACUGUGUCUUCACAGUUCAGGGAGAACUUGGGCAAGCUGAUGACUAACUUGAGGAGCACCCAUCCUCACUUUGUGCGUUGUCUGAUUCCCAAUGAGUCCAAGACUCCAGGUCUGAUGGAGAACUUCCUGGUUAUCCACCAGCUCAGGUGUAAUGGUGUGCUGGAGGGUAUCAGAAUCUGUAGGAAAGGUUUCCCCAGCAGAAUUCUCUAUGGUGACUUCAAGCAGAGAUACAAGGUACUGAAUGCCAGUGUCAUCCCUGAGGGCCAGUUCAUUGACAAUAAGAAGGCAUCUGAGAAGCUGCUUGGGUCUAUUGAUGUUGAUCACGACCAGUACAGAUUCGGUCACACCAAGGUAUUCUUCAAGGCCGGUCUGCUGGGUACCCUUGAGGAGAUGAGAGAUGAAAAGUUGGCAAAUCUGGUCACCAUGACUCAGGCUCUUUGCCGUGCUUACCUCAUGAGAAAGGAGUUUGUCAAGAUGAUGGAGAGAAGGGAAGCCAUCUAUACCAUUCAGUACAAUGUCCGCUCAUUCAUGAAUGUCAAACACUGGCCAUGGAUGAAGGUGUACUACAAGAUCAAGCCUCUGCUGAAGAGUGCUGAGACAGAGAAGGAGCUGGCUCAGAUGAAGGAGAACUAUGGAAAGAUGCAAUCAGACCUGGCUACUGCUCUUGCCAAGAAGAAGGAACUGGAAGAGAAGAUGGUGUCUCUUCUGCAGGAGAAGAAUGACUUGCAGCUGCAAGUGGCAUCUGAAUCAGAGAAUCUGUCAGAUGCUGAGGAGAGAUGUGAGGGACUUAUCAAGAGCAAGAUUCAGCUGGAGGCCAAACUCAAGGAGACAACUGAGAGGCUGGAGGAUGAAGAGGAAAUCAAUGCUGAGCUUACUGCCAAGAAGAGGAAGCUGGAGGAUGAAUGCUCUGAGCUCAAGAAGGAUAUUGAUGACCUGGAGCUUACCUUGGCCAAAGUGGAAAAGGAGAAACAUGCCACUGAGAACAAGGUGAAGAACCUGACUGAAGAGAUGGCCUCUCAGGAUGAGAGCAUUGCUAAGCUGACCAAGGAGAAGAAAGCCCUUCAGGAGGCUCAUCAGCAGACCCUUGAUGACCUGCAGGCUGAGGAAGACAAAGUCAACACUCUGACCAAGGCCAAGACCAAGCUUGAGCAGCAAGUUGAUGACCUUGAGGGUUCCCUGGAGCAAGAAAAGAAGCUUCGUAUGGACCUGGAGAGAGCCAAGAGAAAGCUGGAGGGUGAUCUGAAACUUGCCCAGGAGUCCAUCAUGGAUCUUGAGAAUGACAAGCAGCAGUCUGAUGAGAAAAUUAAGAAGAAGGACUUUGAAAUUAGCCAACUUCUUAGCAAGAUUGAGGAUGAGCAGUCAAUGGGUGCCCAGCUUCAGAAGAAGAUCAAGGAGCUUCAGGCUCGUAUUGAGGAACUGGAAGAGGAGAUUGAGGCUGAGCGUGCUGCCCGUGCCAAGGUUGAGAAGCAAAGGGCUGACCUGUCCAGGGAGCUUGAGGAGAUCAGCGAGAGGCUGGAGGAGGCCGGUGGUGCAACUGCUGCUCAGAUUGAGAUGAACAAGAAGCGCGAAGCUGAGUUCCAGAAGCUCCGUCGUGAUCUUGAGGAGUCUACUCUGCAGCAUGAAGCCACUGCCGCUGCUCUUCGCAAGAAGCAGGCUGAUAGCGUUGCUGAGCUGGGAGAGCAGAUCGACAACCUGCAGCGCGUCAAGCAGAAGCUUGAGAAGGAAAAGAGUGAAUACAAGAUGGAGAUUGAUGACCUCUCCAGCAACAUGGAGGCUGUUGCUAAAGCAAAGGGAAAUCUGGAAAAGAUGUGCCGUACUCUUGAGGACCAACUUAGUGAACUGAAGACCAAGAGUGAUGAAAAUGUUCGUCAGCUCAAUGACGUUGGAGCACAGAAAGCACGUCUCCUCACAGAAAAUGGUGAGCUUGGCCGUCAAAUGGAAGAGAAAGAGGGGCUUGUCUCCCAGCUGACCAGAGGCAAACAGGCCUUCACACAGCAGAUUGAGGAGCUGAAGAGACAGAUGGAAGAGGAGGUUAAGGCCAAGAAUGCUCUUGCCCAUGGACUGCAAUCAGCCCGUCAUGACUGUGACCUGCUGAGGGAGCAGUUUGAGGAGGAGCAGGAGGCCAAGGCCGAGCUGCAGCGUGGAAUGUCCAAGGCCAACAGCGAGGUGGCUCAGUGGAGAACUAAAUAUGAAACUGAUGCUAUCCAGCGCACUGAGGAGCUUGAGGAAUCCAAGAAAAAGCUGGCUCAGCGCCUUCAGGAGGCUGAGGAACAGAUUGAGGCUGUGAAUUCCAAGUGUGCUUCUCUGGAAAAGACCAAGCAGAGGCUCCAGAGUGAAGUGGAGGAUCUCAUGAUUGAUGUGGAGAGAGCUAAUGGGCUGGCUGCCAACCUGGACAAGAAGCAGAGGAACUUUGACAAGGUGCUGGCUGAGUGGAAGCAGAAGUAUGAGGAGGGCCAGGCAGAGCUUGAGGGAGCUCAGAAGGAGGCUCGCUCUCUGGGCACUGAACUGUUCAAGAUGAAGAACUCUUAUGAGGAAGCUCUGGAUCAACUGGAGACCAUGAAGCGUGAAAACAAGAACCUGCAGCAGGAGAUCUCAGAUCUGACUGAACAGAUUGGUGAGACUGGCAAGAGCAUCCAUGAGCUGGAGAAGUCCAAGAAGCAGGUGGAGACAGAGAAGUCUGAGAUCCAGACAGCUCUUGAAGAGGCUGAGGGAACUCUGGAACAUGAGGAGUCUAAGAUCCUGCGUGUUCAGCUGGAGCUCAACCAGAUUAAGGGUGAGGUGGACAGGAAGUUGGCAGAAAAAGAUGAAGAGAUGGAGCAGAUCAAGAGGAACAGCCAGAGAGUGAUUGAUUCCAUGCAGAGCACUCUGGAUUCUGAGGUCAGGAGCAGGAAUGAUGCCCUGAGAAUUAAGAAGAAGAUGGAGGGAGACCUGAAUGAGAUGGAGAUUCAGCUGAGCCAUGCUAAUCGCCAGGCUUCUGAGUCCCAGAAACAGCUGAGGAAUGUGCAGGCACAACUGAAGGAUGCUCAACUGCACCUUGAUGAUGCUGUCAGAGCUCAGGAUGACCUCAAGGAACAAGCUGCCAUGGUGGAGCGCAGGAACGGUCUCAUGGUGGCUGAAAUUGAGGAACUUAGGGCUGCUCUGGAACAGACAGAGAGAAGCCGCAAAAUCGCUGAGCAGGAACUGGUUGAUGCCAGUGAGCGUGUUGGACUUCUGCACGCUCAGAACACAAGCCUUCUGAACACCAAGAAGAAGCUUGAGUCUGACCUGGUCCAGGUCCAGAGUGAAGUUGAUGACUCCAUUCAGGAAGCAAGGAAUGCAGAGGAGAAGGCCAAGAAGGCAAUCACUGAUGCUGCUAUGAUGGCUGAGGAGCUGAAGAAGGAGCAGGAUACCAGCUCUCACCUGGAGAGGAUGAAGAAGAACCUGGAGGUCGCAGUUAAGGACCUGCAGCACCGUCUGGAUGAGGCUGAGAACCUGGCCAUGAAGGGUGGCAAGAAGCAGCUCCAGAAACUUGAGUCCAGGGUGCGUGAGCUGGAAGCAGAGGUUGAGGCUGAGCAGAGACGUGGUUCUGAUGCUGUCAAGGGUGUCCGCAAAUAUGAGAGGAGAGUGAAGGAGCUCACCUAUCAGGUAUAGUCAUAUUAGCACUUGGCAUAUAUGGUAAAAAUGAAUGUAACAUAUAUAAGUAACAUCAAUUGCACAAUUAAAAUUGAAAUGCAAUUAUGUUUUCAACUACAGACUGAGGAGGACAAGAAAAAUGUUACCAGACUGCAGGAUCUGGUUGACAAACUGCAGCUCAAGGUGAAGGCCUACAAGAGGCAGGCUGAGGAAGCGGAGGAGCAGGCCAAUGUUCAUCUGUCCAAGUGCAGGAAGGUCCAGCAUGAGCUGGAGGAGGCUGAGGAGCGUGCUGAUAUUGCAGAGUCCCAGGUCAACAAGCUCAGAGCUAAGAGCCGUGACUCUGGCAAGGGAAAAGAAGUCGCUGAGUAAAGCAUUUCCACUGAUGGUCUUUUUCCAGUCAUAUAAUAUGAUGUGAAACACACCACAAUAAAAUAUUUUUUCCAUCUUA